AUGGCCCUGGAAACAGUUCCUAAGGACCUCCGCCAUUUACGAGCAUGUUUGCUUUGCUCCUUAGUAAAGACUAUUGACCAGUUUGAAUAUGAUGGCUGUGACAACUGCGAGUCCUUCCUUCAGAUGAAAGGGAACAGAGAGAUGGUUUAUGAAUGCACAAGUUCUUCAUUUGAUGGCGUAAUAGCCCAGAUGAGCCCUGAGGACAGCUGGGUAGCAAAAUGGCAGAGAAUAGGCACGUUCAAGCCAGGUGUAUAUGCAGUGUCAGUAACUGGCAGACUACCCCCAGGUGUGGUGAGAGAGCUGAAAAGCAGAGGAGUGAUCUACAAGUCCAGAGAUACAGCAGUCAAGAACUAA